AUGGAAUCUUCAGAAUACUUACAGAUUGAUUUCCAUAAAUUGAAAAAUGAUGAUGAUAAUAUUCCUGAACAAAAAAUUUCUGAUGAUUAUUAUGAAAAAAAUGAUAAUAGUGAAUCUUUAGAAAUUGAUAUUUCUCAAUUGAAAAUUACUGAUAAUAUAUUUUUCGUAGAAAAAAAUUCUGACGAAUAUGAUGAUAAACAAAAUGAUAAUAUGAUUAAAAUGGAAUUUACAGCAUCUUUAUCUUUACAAAUUGAUGUUUCUCAAUUGAAUAUUAAUGAAGAUGAUCAAAGUAACAAAUCUAAAGGAGUAAUUAUCCAAAACGAUUAAGUAACCAAGUACUCCUUAAAUUUUAGUUACUGUAAAUUUUAUAUUUUUAUACUUUAUUUCCCACCAUUAUAGUUUAUAGCAGAAGAAGGGAGUGAGAGUCAAAUGUACACUUGUUAUAUUACUGUAUAUUUAUUUAUUUAUUUU